UCCCGCCGGCCCGGGCGGCGCUGCCGCGGGCGGAGCGGCCCCUCCCGCCCCCGCCGGGCCCGUGGCCGCGACCCGGCCGCGCUUCCCGCCCUGCCCCUUCCCCUGAGGAGGCACCGCCCGCCCGCCGCUGCCGGCCAUGGCUGACUGGGCCCCCAUAGCCAAGGAGUACGACCCGCUCAAGGCCGGCAGCAUCGACGGCACCGAUGAGGAGCCCCACGACCGGGCCAUCUGGCGGGCCAUGCUGGCGCGGUACGUGCCCAACAAGGGAGUCACGGGAGAUCCUCACCUCACCCUCUUCGUGGCGAGGCUCAACCUUCAGACCACGGAAGAGAAGCUAAAGGAGGUCUUUUCCCGAUACGGAGACAUCAGGAAGAUCCGUCUGGUUCGGGACCUGGUCACGGGCUUUUCCAAGGGUUACGCCUUCGUUGAGUACAAGGAGGAGCGCGCUCUCCUGAAGGCCCACAGGGACGCCAACAGGCUCGUCAUCGACCAGCACGAGAUCUUUGUAGACUUUGAGCUGGAAAGGACUCUCAAAGGAUGGAUCCCCCGCAGGCUCGGAGGUGGCUUUGGAGGCAAAAAGGAAUCCGGGCAGCUGCGGUUCGGAGGACGGGACAGACCUUUCCGAAAGCCCAUCAAUCUGCCGAACGUGAAAAACGAUUUCUAUGGAGAAGGAUCAUCGGAGAAAAGGAACUGGAAUCGUGAGGGAACGAGGGACUGGAGAACGAGGGACCGGGACCACGAGAGGAGCAGAGACAAGCGCUGGGGGGAGAGGGAGCGCUCGUGGGCUUGGGGCGACGGUGAGAGAGACAGGGACUCCAGAGAGGAGCGGAGCAGAGGGAGGGACAGGAAGGACAGAGACAGGAAGGACAGGGACAGAGACCGGAGCAGGGAGAGAGAGCCCAAGAAGCAAAGAGAUGAUGAUAAGCACAGAUAGGUGACCAUGAAACGCUCACUCAUUGGAAAUACAGGAAUAGAAUAGCAACGAACUAAAGCUUCUGAAAAAUGGGCCCCAAAACAGAAGCUGAUGGGAAUGAUUUCAUUUUCUUGAAGAUGCUGGGACAGGUGAGACCUUUGGUGAUGCUGUGUCCUUAACUAGUUCUGCCAGGUGAGAGACAAGCACGUGGCCAAUCCAUUUUGUACUCAUGGGAAGCUGUGGCUCCUUUGUACCCCAGGAAUGUGCAGCACAGAGCAGUAAACAGGUCAGAAAAUGC